AUGCUCUCCAGUUACUCCGUCUCCGUGGCUGAGGACGCCCCGGUAGGAAAAAGGCUCUUGCAGGUGCGAGCCUCAGAUGCCGAUGCAAACGGUCAUGACUUGAUUACUUACUCGUUAGUCUGGCCUGAUAUUACAGGAUCGGGCCUGUUAGACUCUCGUUUAGAAACACUAGCUUUGGGUUUGGCUCGACCUGGUGUUGGAAUUAGCGACAGUAUUUCUAGUGCCAGUUGGCAGAUGUCACUGUUGCGUCAGUUUUCAAUCGACUCAGACGGCUGGAUCCGACUGGUUGGUUCAUUGGAUAGGGAAAUUCAAGAAACAUAUGUAUUAAAAGUGAGUAAUUUUUAUUUUAGCCACUUUUUAUGGAAUUAA